AUGAGGGAGGCUGGUCAAAGAGCAGGAUGGCAGUGUGGGCAGAGCUGUGUAGUGCUUGCCAGCGUGCCAGGGACAGAGGGCAAACCUAUUGAGAAGCAGUGUGACGGACACAAUGGGUGCGACAGACUUGCUGCAUCAACAGGCUUUUUGCUGCUGUGGCCAUAAAUAAACCAUAAAUACCCCCACUGGCAUCCACUAACCGCUCGCCAGGCCUCCACAACACACACCCUCACACUGAGACAGGCAAAAGCAACAAAACAAAAGAAAAACCAAAAAACAGACCGAGACAAGACAGAGGAAGGACGACGAACGUGGUGUCUUUGGGGUGCAGGAAAGCACAAGUCUUUCAGAGAAAACAUGACAGAACAGCAAGGAAGCCCAGACCAGCUGCCUGUAGGGAAGGGCCAGGGAGGAGCUGGUGCCACAUAUAAGUUGGCCGUAUUUGAGUUUGAGAACUUUCGUGGAAAAAAGGUGGAGCUGUCUGGUGAAUGCAAAGAUGCGCUGGAGAAGAUACAAAAAGUUGGCUCAGUCAUUGUUGAGUCGGGACCAUGGGUGGGAUUCGAGCGUCCAGGAUUUGCUGGAGAGCAGUUUGUGCUUGAGAAAGGAGAGUAUCCCCGCUGGAGCACAUGGACCAACUGCCAGAGUAGCUACACCUUAACCUCCUUCAGGCCUCUGAAAGUGGACAGCGCAGAUCACAAGUUGCACCUGUUUGAGAAUGCAGGCUUUGAAGGGAGAAAGAUGGAGAUUGUCGACGAUGAUGUCCCCAGUCUGUGGGCUCAUGGUUUCCAGGAUCGUGUGGCCAGCGCAAAGGCUAUCUCUGGAACGUGGGUGGGAUACAUGUAUCCAGGCUACAGAGGACGCCAGUACGUUUUUGAACAUGGAGACUUCAAGCACUGGAACGCUUGGGGAGCCACUGCACCUCAGAUCCAGUCCGUCCGACGUGUGCGGGACAUGCAGUGGCACAAAAGAGGGUGCUAUGUUGACCCUGCACCAGUUCCAGCCCCCGGCCCUGCCCCUGCCCCAGCACCACCCAACCCCAACCCAAAUCCUAAACCCACUCCAAAGUCCCAAACUCAACCCCAACCCUAA